AUGGAAAUCGAUGCACUCACGAUCGUGCUGACCAUCACCAUCGCAGUCGCUUUGGCGUAUGUCAAACUUAGCAAAUCCGAGCCAGACGUACACCCGCUGCUGCUACAGCAACAGUCUACGCCCACACCUAUCAGGAACGAGGGCGAGUCAGUCGUCCAUCGAUCCAAGUCAGUGUCCCAUGGUUCGCCACUGGUGAGGCAGCCCUCGGACAAGAUCAAGACCCUAUACGAUGUCUGGCAAAGUGGCUCUACCAUCAAUCCCUCAGCGCGAUCAUUGAUGUUCCCGUUACAGAAUCAGUUUGCGUUUGUGGAUGCCACUUAUGAACAAGUCGACAGGAGGAUCAGCGGAUUUGGAUCAGGACUCAUCAAUUUGACAGGACUGAAGCCCAAGACGGAGACCCCAGUUGGCAUCAUGGCUCCUUACUCCCAAGAAUCGUUUAUUGCUCAGCAGGCGUUCUAUAGAUACAGCUUUGUGGCCGUGCCCAUACAUGACCUCAGGAAUGCAGAUUUAUUGAUCGAGGUGGUUAACCAAACGAAGCUAAAGGCCAUUAUCGUCUCGCAAAAGACGCUGCCGUUGCUACUGCAGUCCUUGAAGGAGUGUCCCACCGUCAAGACCAUCAUUGUUGCAGGAAUAUUCAUCUCUGGAGAGCAGGAAAAGAUUGCAGCUCUGCAUGGAGCUAAACUGAUCAAGUUUGCCAGGGUGGAGUAUGACGGAUCAUCAAACCCAUUGGACCAUAUUAAGCCUGAUCCUGAGGAUGUUGCUAUGAUCAACUACAACACCAAGUCGACAUCUCUUUCAAAGGGUGUUAUGCUUACACACGCUAAUCUGAUAGCAGCUACAGCUGCCUUCAGAGCAGCGCUGCCAGGCACCAAAAAGUUCACAAGCAAGGAUCGUCUUCUCUGCCAGUUUUCGAACGGGGAUGUCAUUGCGGUCUGGUUGCAGAGCGCCAUUAUUUUGUCCGGGGGCUCACUUGUCUUCCCUACCGGGUUAAUGAAGAACGUCCUUCAUGACGCACAAGCAUCGGCUCCCACAAUUUUUGCAAGUACUCCUGUCAUUCUGGAAAAGGUCCAUGAGGCGCUUCAAUUGACCUAUGGAAAGGGGUCAUUGUUCAAGCGCGCGUAUGCAGCCAAGCUUGAAUUGCUCAAAGCGGGAUGCGUCACCUCAACCAGCCUUUGGGACUUUAUUGGACUGGGAGAGAUCCGAAGCAGACUUGGCGGAAAAGUGAGAUUGAUUGUCACCACGAAUCCAACAAAGAAUGAGACUAUGGAAUAUAUCAGAGCUGCAAUGGGUAUCCCAGUAAUCAGCACUUAUGGAAGAACAGAAACCUCGGGCAUUGUUACCAGCCGCAACAUGUUUGAUUACUCGAGCACACCAUUCUUGGGGGCCCCUGUGGGAUGCAAUGAAGUGAAGCUAGUCGAUGAUGUUGAAAGUGGACAUACUAGUAACGACGAGCCCAACCCACGUGGAGAGAUAUUUAUCCGAGGACCCAAUGUGAUGAAGGGAUAUUUCAAGAAGCCCGGUGCAACAGCUAAGGCGGUGGAUAAAGACGGGUGGUUUCAUUCGGGCGAUUUGGGAACAUUCCAUUCGAAUGGCACACUGGAAGUGUCGAACAAGCGGAAGAAGAAGGCCAAGACAUCGGGUAGGUCAUCGCCCAUCCAAGGAGAGGCGAAGGAGUGA